CCGGCUCCCGGCUCCGGGCCCUGCACCUGUGACUCCCAGCCGCUCUCGCCCUCCGGCCCGGCGCUCGCAGCCCCAUGGCCCCGACCCGCAUGCAGCUCGGCCUCCGCGCCGUCUACUCCGGCCUCAGCUCCGUGGCCGGCUUCUCCAUCUUCCUCGUCUGGACGGUGGUCUACAGGCAGCCGGGGACUGCGGCCAUGGGGGGGCUCGCAGGUGUGCUGGCGCUGUGGGUCCUGGUGACGCACAUGAUGUACAUGCAGGAUUACUGGAGGACCUGGCUCAAGGGGCUGCGUGGCUUCUUCUUCGUGGGCAUCCUCUUCUCGGCCCUCUCCGUCGCCACCUUCUGCACCUUCCUCGUGCUGGCCAUCACCCAACACCAGAGCCUCACAGACCCCAACAGCUACUACCUCUCCUGCGUCUGGAGCUUCAUUUCCUUCAAGUGGGCCUUCCUGCUCAGCCUCUACGCCCACCGCUACCGGGCUGACUUUGCCGACAUCAGCAUCCUCAGCGAUUUCUGACGCAGGGGGUGAGGUCUCUGCACCCUUGGGGUCCUCAGGACCUGGACUCAGCCUCUGAGACAUCGGGUGGGCCUGCCCCACCCCUUAGGGACCCCAGAACUGCAGCAGAAAAUACACAGCAGAAGGACUACAGCCUCCCCGGAAGCUGUCCUGUCCCCUUUGGGGGAGACCCGGGUGCAGUGGAAAGGGGUCCUGCCGUGUUGCUCCUCAUUGGCCUGGCUGGAGGGCAGCUUUAGACCUUUGCAAAUGGAUCUAUUUUCUUAGCACUCAGUGAGGAAUCUGUCAGUAGGGCCAGGGCAAGCUUGGGCCUUGACCUAUACUUGGGGGCAGGGAGCAGUGGGCGGCAGCUUGGUCCCUGCUGCCCCAGGUGCUCUCCCCCAGGCUGGGGUGGGAACCUGGGGAGGUCAGAUCAAGUAAGCGGUAGGGACCUCUCAACCCCCACCCAGCACCCCCAUCCUGUUGUCCCCCGAGGGUCAGGUAGCUUAACUCAUUGGUCCCAGGAUGGCAACGUUUGGCUCUUCCCAAUGCCUGGAGACUUGAGCAGAAAGCUCACUGUCCCUCUUCCUACCCCGUUCCACCCAGGGCCAGUCUGCCGUGAGUGUGCCAGACUGUCACCUCCUUCACCACACCCCAAAUCCUCCCUCCCACAUGCACCACACACCCCGGAGCAGGGCUCCCCAGAGGAGGCCAGACUAAGGGUCUUGGGGAAGGUGCUCCUGCCCCCAGAAGGGCUUUGGGGAACUGGGCGGCACGGCAUAGGCUGGAAGGACCCCUCCAGCCUGAGCCAGUGCACCUCCAGCUCUCCAUUUCCACUCCGCCUCCUCACACCCACCCCUCGUGGCUCCCAGAUCCCCCCAGGCCAGGAGACACCUUCCCCAAUCCCGCCCCAUUCAUGCCCCUGCACUAGAGCUGUUAUCUUUUAUAAUCUCCCUUCUGAAGGAACAAAAUCUGCUUUCCUGCCUGUCCCCUGGCCUGCUCUCCUGACUCAGGAGGGAAGGGGCUCUUGUGACAUCUGUCCCCAUGUUAGGUUGCCAUUUUGCACAGUCUACUCCUUUCCCACCUGACAUGUCCUGCCCCUCAGCUCUUUGCCUUAUCUGUGUCACUGUCACUUUAGCAGAAAUACAGCGGCCAUUUGUAUCAGA